GCAACCGUCUCCAGCCAGAGAAACCGGAGCGACCCACCCCAACCACGGGGCACAACAGCUUACAGGAGCACGGCUGGCUGCAGCACGGCAGACGCGGCCGGAGGAGAAACCGAAGCGCAAAAAAGACCAAAAAAGCCAAGGAGAAACCAGGGUGCGGGGAGGGAGGGAGGGAGCCCAGCCCCAGAGAGAGAGCAGGGGAGGAAAAAUAAACUAGUGGCCAAACCCUAGCCUGCCGAGCCCCCCCGCGUGCGCUCUCCGCCGCCCGCCCCGCCCCGCCCCUCCCCUCCGGUACGCGAUGCGCCGGGCGAAGCCGCCGCAGCCGCAGCCCUCGCCGUCGCCGGAGAUCCGGUACCGCGGCGUGCGGAGGCGGCCGUCGGGGCGCUACGCCGCCGAGAUCCGGGACCCGGCCAAGAAGACCCCGAUCUGGCUCGGCACCUUCGACUCCGCCGAGGCCGCCGCGCGCGCCUACGACGCCGCCGCCCGAUCCCUACGCGGGCCCACCGCACGCACCAACUUUCCCAGCGCCGCGGCACCGGUCCCGCGGCACAGAGCCCCCUCCGCCUCCGCCGCCGCAGCCCCCGCGGCGGCGGCGGCGGCCACGUCCAGCCACAGCAGUACCGUCGAGUCGUGGAGCGGCGGCGCACCCCGCGCCCCCUCCGCCCUGCCGCGGAGCGCCGCCGCGCCCAUGGAGGAGGACGACGACGAGGACUGCCACAGCUACUGCGGAUCCUCGUCGUCCGUCCUCUGCGAAGACGCCUGCGGCGACGACGCGGCCGCGUCCCGCGCGCCCCUGCCUUUCGAUCUGAACCUGCCGCCGCCUCUUGACGCGGCCGCUGAGGCCGAUCAGAUGGGUGCCCGCUACGACACGCUACUCCGCCUCUAGCUCGCGAGAACGGCCACGACGAAUCAGAGGAAAGAUCGACACCAGACCGCUUGUCCUUCUUCGGCUGCUGAUCCGGUGGUGUUCUCUCGCUAGAUGGAUAAUUCUUGCCUUUUUUCCCUUCUUUUUUUUCUUCUCUUUUUUGUUCUUUUCUUACCACCACGAUGAUGAUGAUGAUGAUUCGAUAUUAUGUGAAUAAUUCAGUUAUGUCCAUGUAAGCUGUGAGGAAGGAAAUCUGAGCUUUUCCUUAUCUUUCUCUGGUGUGUUCGAGUCAUAUUGCUGCUGCUGCCCUUUCAUUUGUUGGAAAGAUAAUGGAAGAAAUCAAGAGAAAUUAUUUACACAGACCAUUUGCUGCUGCCUUACCCUGUCUGAGCUCAGUUGAGCUGAACAUGAUUAGCUUAUACUAAUGUACUAACUGAUUCAUCUACUGAUGUGCAAAUCAUAUUCAAUACAUGCAUUGCAAGUUACAAGGUUACAAUUUGCAAGUGCAAUUGGUAGUGCCAUCUGAAAGUUCUAUUCUAGUAAAUACUUGGAUUUGUUAAAAUUAUCUGAAUAUUCUAAGGCAAUACUUGGAUUAUAUUUUUGCAGUGCUUCUUCUUCCCUCAAGCCGGCUGAUUCUAUUGGUUUUGCUAUUUCUUUAAGCAUUGGAUUAACAGUGACUGAUCCCAUUGAUCAUGUCAUAAGCCAGCUGACUGAUCCCAUUGAUCAUAUCCUGUGACCUUGAAGCCAAUUCUUGAAGACUCGUGUUGUGACCCUGAAAAACAAAUUCUUGAAGCCACUUCUUGGACAGCCAAUGAUGUAGAUGAGUAGAGGUGUUUUGCGUAAUUAAUUGCCUGCUCGUCACAAUGGUUAUUAUUUCUUCCAGAAUGUCCCAUUCUGAUGUGUAAGGUGAUGUGCAGCUCCUUCUCCUUGCAUGAUUGCCGCUCCUUCAGUGCAAGUGUAAAAAGGCCAUGCUAUAUGUUUGUUUGAUUAACUCACUUUCAUCUCCAAACUUCAGUGCAAGUGUAAAAAGACCAUGCUAUCUGUUUGUUUGAUUAACUGACUUUCAUCUCCAAACUAGAUGUCAAGUUGAACUGUACAAUGCUGAUAUACAUCAUGUUUGAUUUCC